AUGAAGGUCACUAACACCCUGGCCAAGGCGCUGUACGACAACAAGGCGGAGUGCUCGGAUGAGCUGGCCUUCCGCAAGGGGGACAUCCUGACUGUCCUGGACCAACACGUCAUUGGCAGCGAGGGCUGGUGGAAAUGUUCCCUGCAUGGCAGGCAGGGCCUGGCCCCUGCAAACCGCCUGCAGCUCCUCACUGCCUGCCAGGCUCUCCCACUGCCGCCUCCUGCCCGCGGCGACUUGGCGGAGUCCCCAGCAGGCCAGCAAAACAUCUACCAGGUGCCCUCCCUCCCCAAGCCUGCUGUGUCAUCAUCUACCUAUGAGAAGAUGGAAGGGUGGGUUAAAUCUCCAGCGAGGGUCUGUACCCUGCCUGCCCCAGGAAUGUACCAGGUACCAGCCUUGGCUGCACAGCUGCUCAGUGAAAGGACCCGAAGCUCAACAAACCAGCACCUGCUUACCCUUCCGAGAGCGUCCCGGGCUUCAGUCCCAAACAUCAGGAGUGAGGUGUAUGAUGUCCCCUCUGCCCAGCGCCGGGGGUCCCUGCUCGCACGGAGUGGUGCCACUCCCCCCACCGCACGGAAGGGAUCUGUGCUGCUCAGGUCCACUGAGCAUUUCCAGGAAGAGCAGGAGCAGCUUUACAGCAUCCUCUCCAGCCCAGAGAAAGCAGCAGGUGUUAUCCAGGAAGACCAACCAGUGAGUAAUUUAUAUGAUGUCCCUCCCAAAAGAGAAACUGGUAUCUCAGAAAAUGAAUCUCAGAAAAAGUUCUGGGGCCACUACAAUACCUUGCCAAAUCCUCGCAAGUCAGAAUGGAUUUAUGAUAUUCCAGUGUCUCCUGAAAAAACAGGAUUAAAACAAAACCCCUCUGGCCAUUCCUUGGAGAGCCAGGUGCUGUAUGAUACACCACCUGCCAGGUACAAGGCGCUGACAACAAACACUGAAGCCAAAGUUGUAAAUCCACAGUUAUAUGAUGUUCCACCAACACAAUGGAAAUCAACGUUUCCAGAGAUCCAUCUUUAUGAUGUUCCAUCCUCACGGGACAUGCUCCUUUUGCCACAGAAUGGUAGCUGUGAUGUAACCCCAAGUCUCCUGGCUUUAAAGGCUGAGAAACAGAUCUCUGGAGGGAACGUUUACGCUAUUCCAAAAGGUUUGCCCACUGCUUGGCAGUGCAAGAAAGAGAUGGAAGAAGCCAGUGAUAGUUCUGGAGAUCAAGUAUACAGCGCUCCUCCACAGCUCUCAAGAGAUGCCAAAUUAGAGCAAGACAGGUUAUCUGUUUCUAGUGCAGACAGCAGAAGCAGCACACACUCUACAUCCUCAAUCUCUUCUGCUGAGUCUAAUUCUACGUCAUCAUCUGAAGAGCCUGCCAAAGAAGUUAAACUGGAACUUGACGUAGCCAUAGAGACACUGACCAGGUUGCAGCACAGUGUAUCCAGCUCAGUUGCAAGUUUAAUGAUCUUUGUGAGUAGUAAAUGGAGAUUACAAGAGCACCUAGAGAAAAGCAUUGAAGAAAUCCAUAGAGCAGUGGAUCACAUAAAAGUGUCACUGGGAGAAUUCUUGGCUUUUGCUCAAGUUGUAAAGGCAAAUGCCUCUUAUCUCACUGAUAACAACCUGCAGACCAGAAUAAAAAAACAGCUAGAAAUUCUUAGUAACUCAUUCAAAAUCUUAACGGAAACAAGAGAAGCUCUAAACCACUGCAGCUGGUCACUGGAGGCUUUGGUCCUCAGGAAACCCCAGAACAACCCAGACGAUCUCGAUCGCUUUGUCAUGGUGGCCCGAACGAUCCCAGACGACAUCAAGAGGUUCGUGUCCAUCAUCAUUGCUAAUGGAAAGCUCCUCUUCAGAAAGAAUGAGAAGGAGCAAGAAAUGAAGCAAGCAAAAGUCAACCCAGAAUACAAAAUGGCAAAACAAAUUUCACUCCCAAGAAGAACAGAAAUAGAUUCACUUCAAAGAAAUGCUCCUGAUAAAUCCAACCAAGGUCGGGUCUUUUCUGAGAAACCACGAGAAAAUGCCACUGAGGACUGUGAAUAUGUUCAGUUGCAGGUUUUGCCAUCUGCAAAAAAGACCCUAGUUCAAAGCAAGGAGGAGUCUGCAAAGAAACUUGCUCUCUCAGAACACUGCAGGCUGUGUUUUGUUGCACUUCACAAGGCAAUCGGUGUAUUCACAAAUAGUCUGAGCACCAACCAGCCACCCGAAGUCUUCAUAUCCCACAGCAAACUGAUCAUUAUGGUGGGACAAAAGUUAGUGGAUUGUCUCUGCCAGGAAACCCAAGAAAGAGAUGCUCGGAACGACGUUCUCCACAGCAGCAGCAGGUUUUGCAGCCUCUUGAAGAAUCUGGCUCUUGCCACCAAAAAUGCUGCCAUUCAGUAUCCAAACCCAGAUGCCAUAAGGGAACUUCAGGGCCAAACUGAGGAGCUGUCUAAGUACACACAGCAGUUCAGAGCCACGAUGGAAUGA